AGGCGCCGACGGAGUGGAGCGGCCGCACCAUGGGGCGCUCUGGGAGCGACACGGACAGCGACGAGACUGUCGUGGAUGGCUCUGUACCGGAGAGUGAUGUGGAGGAGGAGGAGCUCUGCAGAAGAAGGUUGGCUUUCCUUAACAAGGAUAUUGCUUUAACAACUGUGAUAAGUAAUCGUAAAGGAGCUUUUUCUCCAGAAAUCUGUUUUAUACAGAAAUUUGGUGACCACACAUAUUAUCAUAAGGCAGAACAGAUAAAACCAGUACUUCAAGAGGCAUACACAUCUGACCAGUCUCAAUCCCUACUGAAGGACUGGAGAAACCAUUCAUCACCUACGGAAAAUAUUUCUAAGCCUCGUUUUUCAUUAAAUUCUACAGCAGAAGAAGAGCAGAAUAAUUCUGUAGAUAUCAAAUUGAAUGGAUUUCAAAAGGAUUCAGAAGAAAAGAUAUCACCAAAAUUAAGUAAUAAAGAUUGCUGUCCAGAAAUAAGCCUCUCUCUACAUGAUCCUGUGGAAGACAUAAUAACAGUUCAAGAGGAACAGACACCAGAAGAUACAUUUCCACAUGUUUUAGAUAACUGCCACAGAACCUGCAUGACCAUUGUUGACACAGAUAACACAAUAAAAGAGCAUUCCCUUAAUAAUGACACAUAUCUUUCACUGUCGUCCCCAGGGAAGAUUUUUGUGGAUGUAUUCACUGAACAGAAUAUAGAGACUAGUGAAGUUGACAUCAGUGAUUUGUUGAGAUACCCUAGUGAUUCUGAGUGUCUUAAAGUUAAGAACCCAUUGCCUGACAAGUUAGAGUGUCAGGGUCAUGCCUGUUCCGUCGAUCCAUCAGCAGCUGAGAGCAACAAUGCCCUGCCAGUAGAGCUUGUGGUGCCUCGGAAUGCCUUGUCAGCAGCAAUGGUACAAGCUGCCAUUCCUGUAGUUCCAAAUGAGAGACAGCUCAACACCGAGGAAGAGCAGCUAAAUUCAGAAACCAGUGUUCUGCAGGUAGAUGAUGACUAUACUCAAAUAUCAAACGUGAUGGAGCCUCGACUUGCUGCAGUUCAGGUGGAAGAAACAAAUGCCUUCACAGGACCUAACUCAGAGAGCACAACAAAUGAGCAACCUGUGGGUGGUCAGCAGAGGGAGAAAGAAGUAAUGUCAGAUUGCUUGGAUGCCACCUUUAGUGAAAAACAGACUGGUGAGGGACAUUCAUAUUCAGUGGAGCCUGCAGCAUGUGCAGAAACAGGCCAAACAGCAUCAAGUAAAAUUCAGAAAUCUCCUUCUGAAGACAAGCAGGAUCUAGAAACUAUCUUAUGGCAAGAAAUAAUUCUGAAUGAGUAUGCAGAAGCUAAUCAGAGGAGAAAGAGCAAGAGAAUUGACAACAAACGGAAACGAGAAGCCUUUGGUAGGAAUUCUGUAAAUCCAACUCGCCCCCUGUCACUUUCAACAAUCCACAGGAGGAAUGUGUAUGGUGAGAACUUACUACAUAGAGCUGUUACUCACCAAGACAUAAACCUUGUACGUAGGAUAAUAAAAGCCGGUGGAAAUGUAAAUGCUCAGGAUUAUGCUGGCUUGACUGCGCUACAUAUAGCAAGUGUGGAAGGCUUUUAUGGGAUAGCAAAUCUGCUUUUGAAAGCAGGCGCUGAUGUUAAUGCUACACAAAAGGAACAAAUAACACCCUUGCAAGAUGCAGUUAAGGAAGGCCAUUAUGAGAUGGCAAACUUAUUACUUUGGUAUGGAGCUGAUCCCUUACUAAAAAAUCAGAAGGGAAGGUGUGCAUUAGAAGAAGCUUCCGACCCAACUAUGAUGAAGCUUCUUAAAAGUUACAUGGCAAAAUCUAGAAGACACUUAGUGGCAGGUGGAGACAAUUCAAAGAACAUGUUAAAUACUCAAGGCAUACAAGAUACAAACCAGCACCAGAUUUCCUUACAGACAGAGGAGUCAGAACCAGCAUGUGCAAAUCCUCAGGAGAAGAGCCAAAAAGAAAAGGCAGCCUCAUAUUCCAGUAGCAGCAAUAAGAAGCUUUCAUCUAAUCAAUCACAAUUGAGUAAAGCAUCAAAACAGCAAAUAUCUAAGAAGUCAGCAUCUACCAGGGAAGAAGCUGUAACUGUACACAGUACCUGUAAGACAAGAGCUGGGAGAAAGAUGAAAAUUAGGAGAAAUGCAAAAGGGGAAACUCAGCUGCAUACUGCUGCUAAGAGAGGAGAUGUGUCUUUGGUGAAGACUCUAAUAUCAUCUGGAAUUUCUGUCAAUGAACAGGACUAUGCAGGUUGGACAGCAAUUCAUGAAGCCUCUAAUGGAGGAUUUACUGAUGUGAUCUUAGAAUUACUGAAAGCAGGUGCUGAUGUUAACAGCAGAAGUUUCUGUGGUGUUUUACCAAUACACGAUGCUGUUUCUGGCAAUUAUUUGGAGGCAGCCAGGAUUCUGCUGCAGCAUGGAGCAAAUCCCAAUGAGAGGGAUGGUUCAGGAGAAAGUGCUUUGAAUCAGGCUUGUGAUGAAGAAAUGAAAGAACUGUUGAAGUCGUAUGGUGCUAUGGACUCUGUACUUCCUGUUCAAACUGUUGAAGUUACUGAGGGGAAAUCAAAACGUCAUUGUUAUGACUGCUAUAAAAAUGAUGACGCAGCUUUGGAGACACAACAUGAGAAAUACAGUGUGGAGUCUGUUGCUGCCAUACAGGAUACAGAAAAGAAGCAGGAAGAACUGUUGCUAUUUGAGUUGAGAACUUCGAAAGAUGCAGACUCUCCAGCAAAUAUCAGUGAGAAAUCUUCACAGAGUUACGGUAAUCAGGAAUGGGAACAAAACCAAGUGAGAUAUGGAUGGAAGAGUAAGAAAAAACUUCAGUUGAUAGAUCUGCUUGAAUUGGGAAGGAUAAAGCCUGGAGAAAAUGUUUUAGAAUUCAAACUGCAGGAAUUUAGUCAUAAAGCGACGCUCUUGAAGAAUGGCAAGAUCAGAACCAGUAAAGGACAAAUAUUACAGAAUCCAGUUCAGUGGAUUAAAGAUCUACUAGGAAGUGAUAUUUCUGUGACAUGGAAGUACGUGUGGAAUAAGGUUACAUAUCUUGGGACAGAAUUGUCAAAAUUUAGUGUUGGUGAAGUGUCAGGUUCCAGUCACGUGGAGUUGCCAACACAGAAAGGAAAUCCUUUAGGCUCUUCUGUCCAGUUCAACUCUAUGGAAAGCCUGACACAUUUUCUUCAAUUCCAUGAGAUAGUAAUGGCGCAUAAAGAGGAGUUUCUACCGUGCUCUGCAAUGGAAAAGCACUGGAGUUUCUAUAAAGAAUGCAAAGAUUUUGGAUUCUAAAGACUUAUUGAGUGCUAAUACAUUUUUCUUUGCCAUCAUUUAAAAGUAAACAUUUGAGCUUUAGAACUAAGUAUUUUGCUGCUGUCAUUUUGAUUAAUCAUUUGUCCAGCACAUGGGAUGAUAGAAAGUUUGUUUGGGUAAGUGAGGAACAGGGAAGUACUUAGUAGCAGGCAAAGACAACUGUCAAUGUUUACUCUUGCACUGCAAGAUUAAGGAAUGGGGAAGUAGAUAGGACUUAGACACUGAUACGCAUUGUGAAAUAUAUUCCAGGUUGAUUACUUGGUGUGAACUUUUAAGUUUUUAUUUAAGAUCAAAGUAACUGCCCAUGCUUGAUGGGGCAGGACAGAAACAGACAGGCAGCAACACUCACAGUCACUUCUUACAGCUAAACCUGAAACUGCUAUGGCUGAGCAUGUGCUAUCAGAAAUGGCAAGGCGUGUUUGUAUAGUAACAUAAACUGUUAAGUUAGGCAAAAAUUCAAGAUGAGCAGCCUUGAAAAUCAUCAGCAGCUUUGCAUUAUGUGGCAUGCAUACAUAUAUAAAAACAUUUGAGAAGGGGGGCAGGUGCUCAGAGAGGUAAAAAGAGGAAUCUUAGGUAUUGGAAGUGCUCCAGAAAAUUCCAUUCAUGUUUGAGCCAAAUCUCUCUGAUAGACAGAAAAUAUGCUGGCAUAUGACAGGAAAUGCAAUUAGCCUGUUUGUGGAACAUGAAUUUUUCCAGGUAACAGCAUCUUGGAUAUUCAUCCCAAUCUCUGGGGAAUUUCUGUUUGUUUAAAUUUUACAAUGUUUGAAUCUGCUUUAGCAGCAUAUUUGUAACAGACUUGACUGUUAAGAGAGUUAUCUGCAUUCAAUUGAUAUUCUUGCUCUUUCUUUCUUUGGAUUGUAAGAAGAGAUGGAAUAAUAAUAGUACCUGCUACUCCUAACUCCAGUGAAUAGGAUGGGAAGUAUCUCCUGUUAAUACAUAAUGUCAGCAAGCUAUUGGAGUGUGAAGAGCUCUUCUGCAAAGAUCUGAUUAGUGUCUUAAACAGAAGUUGGUUUAGGGAAGUGAAAGGGUUCUGAUGUGCAGGGAGCUAGUACUAUGCCCUAGAAUGCAUGAGCAAUCAUAGCCUGAUGGGCUGUAAGAAUAAAGAAAUGCCAAUGGCCUGGAAGUCAGAAAAGGUAAAAGCUGCUGAGUGACAGGUAUUUUGUAAAGUCAGUUUCACAAAGAAAGAAAAUGGAGUGUUCUCACAACUGCAGCAGCAAAACAAACCUGAAGGCAUAUUGUUUCAAAGGAAGUGCUCAUUCAAAUACUGUGCUUUCACUGAAAAGUAAAAGGUAUUUGA